GGGGCGCGCUGCGCGCGUCCGAGCGGCCCGCGAAGCUGUCUCCGCCGCCGCUCCCGCCCCUUCCGCCGCUCGCGUGCGCGCACGGCCGGCUCUCGGCGCGCCCCGGUUGGCUGCGGUGGGGCCCGCGGCGGUGGCGGCCUCGGCAGCGUUAGUGGUUUCUACGCUUUCUUAGUUUCCUCCGCCCCCUCUUGUCGGACGCUGCUGUUUGCUCGCCUUAAAAAAAAAUCAACUUUAUUGUUCCUCAGCCCCACCUCCCGGCGCGGCGCGCGGCCUCAGGAUGCACUGAGGCUGAGGGGAGGGAGGCGGCGGCGGGUCGCGGUCGCGGUCCCUCUCCGAGCGCCCAGCCGGAGGGGGGGAGUCACGAUGUCCGGGAGCCGCCAGGCCGGGUCGGGCUCCGCCGGGACCAGCCCUGGCUCUUCUGCGGCCUCCUCGGUGACUUCCGCCUCCUCGUCCUUGUCCUCUUCCCCGUCGCCCCCUUCCGCGGCGGCGGCGGCGGUGGCGGCGGCGGCGGCGUCCGGCGGGGCGGCCCAGGCCGCGGGGUCGGGCGGCCUCGGGGGCCCGGCGCGGCCUGUGCUGGUGGCCGCCGCCGUGUCCGGCAGCGGCGGCGGGGCGGUGUCCGCGGGCCUGUCUCGGCUCAGCUGCUCGGCCAGGCCCAGCGCCGGCGUGGGAGGGAGCAGCUCCAGCCUCGGCAGCGGCAGCAGGAAGAGACCUCUGCUCGCCCCCUUGUGCAACGGGCUCAUCAACUCCUACGAGGACAAAAGCAACGACUUCGUGUGCCCUAUCUGCUUUGAUAUGAUUGAGGAAGCAUACAUGACGAAAUGUGGCCACAGCUUUUGCUACAAGUGUAUUCAUCAGAGUUUGGAGGAUAAUAAUAGAUGUCCCAAGUGUAACUAUGUUGUGGAUAAUAUUGACCAUCUGUAUCCUAAUUUCUUGGUGAAUGAGCUCAUUCUCAAACAGAAACAAAGAUUUGAGGAAAAGAGGUUCAAAUUGGACCACUCAGUGAGUAGCACCAAUGGCCACAGAUGGCAAAUAUUUCAGGAUUUGUUGGGAACUGAUCAAGAUAACCUUGAUUUGGCCAAUGUCAACCUCAUGUUGGAAUUACUAGUGCAGAAGAAGAAACAACUGGAAGCAGAAUCACAUGCAGCCCAACUACAGAUCCUUAUGGAAUUCCUCAAGGUUGCAAGAAGAAAUAAGAGAGAGCAACUGGAACAGAUCCAGAAGGAGCUGAGUGUUUUGGAAGAGGAUAUUAAAAGAGUGGAAGAAAUGAGCGGCUUGUACUCUCCUGUCAGUGAGGAUAGCACAGUGCCUCAAUUUGAAGCUCCUUCUCCAUCACACAGUAGUAUUAUUGAUUCUACAGAAUACAGCCAACCUCCUGGUUUCAGUGGCAGUUCUCAGACAAAGAAACAGCCUUGGUAUAACAGCACAUUAGCAUCAAGAAGAAAACGACUCACUGCUCAUUUUGAAGAUUUAGAGCAAUGUUACUUUUCCACAAGGAUGUCUCGUAUUUCAGAUGAUAGUCGAACUGCAAGCCAGUUGGAUGAAUUUCAGGAAUGCUUGUCUAAGUUUACUCGAUAUAAUUCAGUACGACCUUUGGCUACAUUGUCAUAUGCUAGCGAUCUCUAUAAUGGUUCCAGCAUAGUCUCUAGUAUUGAAUUUGACCGGGAUUGUGACUAUUUUGCAAUUGCUGGGGUUACAAAGAAAAUUAAAGUCUAUGAAUAUGGCACAGUCAUUCAGGAUGCGGUGGAUAUUCAUUACCCUGAAAAUGAAAUGACCUGCAAUUCCAAAAUCAGCUGUAUCAGUUGGAGUAGUUACCAUAAGAAUCUGUUAGCCAGCAGUGAUUAUGAAGGCACCGUCAUCCUAUGGGAUGGAUUUACAGGACAGAGGUCAAAGGUCUAUCAGGAGCAUGAGAAAAGGUGUUGGAGUGUUGACUUUAAUUUGAUGGAUCCUAAACUCUUGGCGUCGGGUUCUGAUGAUGCAAAAGUGAAGCUAUGGUCUACCAACCUAGACAACUCAGUGGCAAGCAUUGAGGCGAAGGCUAAUGUGUGCUGUGUUAAAUUCAGCCCCUCUUCUAGAUACCAUUUGGCUUUUGGCUGUGCAGAUCACUGUGUCCACUACUAUGAUCUUCGUAACACUAAACAGCCAAUCAUGGUAUUCAAAGGACACCGAAAAGCAGUCUCUUAUGCAAAGUUUGUGAGUGGUGAGGAAAUUGUCUCUGCCUCAACAGACAGCCAGCUAAAGCUGUGGAAUGUAGGGAAACCAUACUGUCUCCGUUCCUUCAAGGGUCACAUCAAUGAAAAAAACUUUGUAGGCCUUGCUUCCAAUGGCGAUUAUAUAGCUUGUGGAAGCGAGAACAACUCUCUUUACUUGUACUAUAAAGGACUUUCUAAGACUUUGCUAACUUUUAAGUUUGAUACAGUCAAAAGUGUUCUGGAUAAAGACCGAAAAGAAGAUGAUACAAAUGAAUUUGUUAGUGCUGUGUGCUGGAGGGCAUUGCCAGAUGGGGAGUCCAAUGUGCUGAUUGCUGCUAACAGUCAGGGUACAAUUAAGGUGCUGGAGUUGGUAUGAAGGGUUUACUCAAGUUAAACUGUAUUUGAUCCUGCUGAAAUAUAUCUGCAGCUGACAAUGAGAGAAGACAAACUGUCAUGUGAUGUCUCUCCCCAAAGUCAUCAUGGGUUUUGGAUUUGUUUUGAGUAUUUUUUCUUUUCCUUUUCUUUUCUCCUUCAUGACCUUUGGGACAUUGGGACUACCCAGUGAACUCUCCACCAUCAAUGUAACUCUAUGGACUUUGCUGCUGUUGGUGGUGUGGUUACCUAAUUUUUGUGAUAGGGAAACAAAUUCUUUUGAAUAAAAAUAAAUAACAAAAAAUAAUAAAAGUUUAUUGAGCCACAGUUGAGCUGGGAAAGUCUUUGUCAAAGAUGGCAAGAGAUAAUCUUUUCAAGAAGUAACACACAUGAACUAUGAAUAAUUUGUAAGGUCCGUAUUUCCCAACCUCUUUGUAAUUCUGCAUAUCAACAUAAAUGUAAAGGUAUAUGGAUUCCCUUCCAGGGAAUUGUAUGUUUAUAGUAGAUGGGAAAAUUAGUUAACUUUACCUUAUGAAUUCAUUGACCAGAUUUAUAUCAUCAGCAAAUACCAUACUUCAGUCCCUCUGGAUCUGGCCAAGAAUCUAACAUUUUGACCAGUUGAGACCACAUUCAAACAGAAAAGGAAUGGGGCACCUGGCUGGCUUAGUCAGUAGAGCGUGUGACCAGGGUUGUGAGUUCAAGCCCUAGCUGGGUGCAGAGAUUAUGUUAAUUAAUUAAUUAAUUAAUUAAAACAGAAAGGGAAUGUCAGUCUAUGGCAGCUAUUGUCUUUGCCUUUGAAAUGUUGCCUAUACCUACUGUGAGCCCUAAAUGCAGACAAACCACCUUCAGUUUGUAAAAUCAUAGCUAUCAGAUAGUCACAGAUAUUAGUACCAUCCUCAGCUGAGCAGUGACUUUGAGCAGGGCUUAACAGACUUUCUGGAAAGGAGACCAGAUAGGAGAUAUUUUAGGCUUUGAAGAUCGUGUGGUCUCUGCCAUAAUUAUGUAAUUGUAGCAGGAAAGCAUCCAUAGACUUAGUAGGAAAAGAAUUUGAAGCCCCAUUUCCCAAAUUACCAAGGCAUAUAAUAUCUUAAACUGUCUAGUUAAUUUUAUAUUAUUUUCAAUUUGUAAAAAGGAAGAAGUUAGUAGUUUGAGUAGCAGGUCAAGCAAAAAUAAUGUGAAGUUUUCUGUUUGAGCUACUUUAAAAGUGUGAGCACUUUUUAGAAAAAGUUAUAAACAGAAUUAUACCCCACACAUAUUUUAUAAAAACAGACACUUGGAGAAGCUUGGUAUGAAUAAAUAUAUGAAUGGUAAGGGUAAUUGGAAUAUCCCACUGUAUCCCUCUACACUCAAAAUUAUUGGGUCCACAUUUCAUUAUCUGAAACCUUUGGGUCAAAUGCAUUUUGGAAUUUAAAACCUUUUGAAUUUUAGAAAAGUAAUACUAUAUAUUACAUAACACCAUCCAGCAGAGUCUGGAGCAAUACUCUGUUAUCAAACACAUUAAUGUUUGUAGCAAAAUGUAUGAAUGUUCACAUUAUAUGAGAUUAAUAAAGGUUAAAAGUAGUCUUGUAUCACUUCAGACAGUUUUUACCAGUGAAUGAGUUUGCCUCAAACUUAGGUGACAUUUUCAGUUUGCAGAGCUUCAAGACAAUUAUAUCUUACUAAUUUGGGGGAGUGAAGCACCUGAUAAACUUUUGGACUCAAUUUUGAGAGGAAAGGUCACUAUCAUUCAAAAGUUAGACCUGUCAACCAGAACAAUGUUAGGCAGCCUUCAUUCUAAGAUUAAUGAUGACCUUUUGCAAAGAUGCAGAAAGAAUAUUUAAAUGUAGAUUCUUUACUUAAAGAACUUAAGCAGAUAUGUCCAGAAAAUCAUCAAAUUGGGAAGCAGAGAAUUAAUGCCUCUUUGAAUGAAUUUAAAUAAAAGAUUAUUAUGGUUUUUAAUUUGGUCUG